AUGAAUAAAUUAAACGAGUUAUUAAUCGAUUAGGAUGAGAAACAAUCAAAUUUAAUCACUCAAUAUUGCAAACCUUUAAGAAUUCUAGGAAGAGGAGCAUUUUCAACAGUAAUAGAGAUACAAAAUUUGAUGACAAAUAAGAAGGCAGCUCUUAAGAUUAUUGAUAAAUAUAAUUUCAAUAAUUUACAAUUAGAGGUGAUAAGAAAGGAAGCUCAAUUAUUAAAUUAAUUGAAUCAUUAAAAUAUUGUAAGAGUUACAUUUGUAUGAUUGCUUUGUGUUAUUUUAGAGUAAAGAAACCAAAAGUAAAUUGUUUAUAAUGAUGGAUCUAAUUACUGGAGUUACAUUGGAAUAGUUCUAAUAAAGAAAGUUAGAUGAUUAGAUAAUUUUGAGUAUUGUGAAGUAGUUAUUACAAGCAAUCGAAUAUUUGCAUUCUAAGGAUAUAAUUCAUAGAGACAUUAAGCCAGGUAAGUUGAGUAUAAUUGAUUUUUAGAGAAUAUUAUGAUAUCUUAAAUGGGAGAGGAUGUGCAUUUAACUCUUAUUGAUUUUGGACUUUCAACUUAAUUGACUUAUAUGGAAGGUUCUGGGAUUAUGAGUGAUAAUUGUGGAACUUUUUUGUACAUGGCUCCAGAAAUGAUAUAGAAAAAGAAAUAUAAUAGAGUAUAAUCAAAUUCUUAAAUUGUAAGAGCGUGGAUAUAUGGGCUAUGGGCAUAGUAGUUUUCAAUCUCUUAACUUAAGGCAAACAUCCCUUUUAUUAGUAAUUUGAUGAUAAAGAAUCAUAUUGUGAAAAUAUAUAAUGGAUGAAAUGGAAUUGGUAACCUGGAAUUAAUAAUAAUUCUAUUAAUUUCUUAAUUAGAACAGUUGCCUAUUUACCAGAAAAUAGACUCAAUAUUAUUUAAUGUCUAGAACAUCCUUGGAUUACUGGUAAAGAAGAUUCAUCUGAGCCUUUUACUUUUAUUGAAACACUUAAAAGUCAUUGUAAUUUUAACAAAAUUAAGUCACUAAUUUAAGCUAUUUAAUUUCUUCAAUAACUUAAAGAUUUGUGUCCUAACGUAAAUUAAUUUAGACAUUAUUCAACACCUCAACAACCUAAUAGUUAAAUAAGAAUACCUAAGAUUAAAUAAUAAUCUAAUGAAAAGUUUAAAUCAUUCAAAUAAGAAGCUCUUCAUGGAUCAAAUGUUGAUAGUGCAUCGAUUGGUUCUAAUAAAGUUUCUUAAUUCAAAAUCUAAACAAUUACACUCAAAACCUAAAGAAGAGAAAGAACUUCUUGUGAUUAAAUGUAAAAAUUGUAAUAGCAAAAAGAAACUUCCAAAUUUUUAUUUCCUCAUUACCCUAGAUCAUUGGAUAGAAGUGUUAAGUCUGUUUAAACAACUAAUACAACAGCUGAUAAUUCAUUAAAUCAAUCAUCCAUUCUAUAAAAAUCGGGUAUCAUAGAAAAUAAAUAAUCAUAGAAUACUAAAUCAACUCUUCAAUAAGUAAGUAAAAUUUGAAAUACAAUAUUAGUUAAAAAGAACAACUCAUGUAUCCAGAGGUUAGAAUAUACUUACACAAUAAGAAUUCUUAGCCAGUUAGAGGGUGAGAACUAAUAAACCUCCUAUUUAAAAAAAGUCUUAAAAUGAUUGA